AUGAGCGUCUGCAUUUCGCAUGGUCCUGAGCAAACAAAAGGGGCGGAUAGAGACGUUGUAGAGACCGCCGAAAAUGCAGUUAAGACACCUGAUCGAUAUCCUCCCGCGAGUAGCCGACUCUGUUCUAAUCGUAAAAGUCCGCAGGAGGACGUUUUAAGAGCUAAACACGAGGAGAUUGUGCUAUCCGAGUACGCAAAAAGUCAUGAUGCGAGCCGCGAACUCUCAUCAAGCAAGCGCUCACGAGUAGGCAAUUCUACAUCCUCACAGAACACAAACCUAUUAACGGAGUUUGCGCGAACACCCCCAGACAGGUAUUCAUCACGCGACACCCGUCAUUUCGAUUAUAUUUCACAGUUCAUCACUGAUGUGCUCAACAUAAAGGGUACGGACAGCGUGAUUCCGUCUCGCGCUGAGCACACCACCGUCUCCGCAACAGCAGACAAUGACAGAAAAGCAGAUGGACGCUCAGAGGAAUGA